UGCUUGUAUGUAUUACAUAUUGCCGAGAAUGUAUCAUAUUUACUCCAACAAAGUUUAUUAAACUGUUUUUUGUUGCAGUUUAGAAAUUUUUAAUAUAUUGAAAAACUUUUACAUUUUUAGGCUUGCUGAUGUUGAUGCAGCACCCUGAAUACCGUUAAUAAGGAAUAUUAAGAGCUGUGAUGGUAACUGGUACAACAGAUUUGACAAAGUUGUGUCAAACCUUAUUGUAUUGCCUCAAGUUAGCACUUUUCCUCGGACUUACUUAUUAAAAACAUCUUCAAAAUUGACUCCUCAGAAAUGGAUUUUACAGUGGAUCUCAGAUUUUUUAUAUGCAUUCAUGAUUCUUUCCAAGAAAGAUGUCCAUAUGUGAAAACAUGCUAACUGAAGUGUCUUUGUUGUUGCUUAUUCUGGAAACAUCCCUAUGUGCAGAUCGUGUAUAUCGUAUAGAAGAAGAGAAUGACCCAGGAACUUUUGUUGGUGAUAUUGCAGCAGAUACAAAACUAUUAGGCAUCAUAUCUCCAAAGGAUGACAGCAAUAUUUGGUUCAGUCAGCUUCACCAAGAGAAUACAAACACGUCAAAGUUGUUCAAUGUCACUAAAACAGGCAAAUUAUAUACAGCUCAAAGACUAGACACAGAAACUCUUUGUAAAUACAAUGUAGAAUGUUUCAAAAUGGUAGAUGUUGCAGUUCAACAGAAAAAAUAUUUUAUUAAAAUAUUGGAAGUCAAAAUUAUUAUUGAAGAUAUAAAUGACAACAAGCCAGAAUUUCGAAACAAAGAAAUUGAACUUGAAUUUUAUGAAACUGAUGGCAAAGGAACAAAAAAAUCUAUACCUAAUGCCAUAGACAAAGAUGUAGGUAUACAAAAUUCACAAAUAACAUAUUUACUAAAGAACAAUAAUGAUGAUCUUUUCACAUUAUCAGUUUCAAAAAAUAUGGAUGGUACUUCCAAACUCGGUAUUAUUUUACAAAAGAAACUUGACAGAGAAAUACAAGAUUCUUAUCAGCUUCAAAUUAUUGCAAAAGAUGGAGGCCAUCCCCCUAAAGAAGGUGUUCUCAAUCUCCAAAUAUCAGUUCGAGAUGAAAAUGACAACUCUCCAGUCUUCUCCCAAAAUAUUUACAAUGUUUCUAUUAAAAAUGGUUAUCAACGAUCAAUACCUAUCGUCACUUUAUCAGCAACUGACUUAGAUUCUGGUAAAAAUGGUAAAGUAAUCUACGAGUUCAGUCCCAAAACAUCAGAGAGUGCCAGAGCCUAUUUUAAAUUAAAUGAGUCAACAGGAGAAAUCUGGGUGGUGAAAAAGUUUCCAACUGGUUCAAAGAAGAUAUAUAAAUUGUUUGUUAAAGCAAAGGAUGGAGGUAAUCCUUCCUUGAGUUCAGUUGCUCUGGUUUUAGUUAAUAUAAAUAGUCAAGAGAACAACCCUCCUGAUAUAGAUAUGAAUUUUAUAGCAAAAUCACCAGAAAAUUUGCCAAGCAUUUCAGAGGGGGUAAAAGUUGGUAACUUUAUUGCUUAUGUAAAGGUCACAGAUGAUAAUGAAGUUUCUUGUUAUAUAAAUCACGAUCACUUUCAACUUCAGGCUCUUGCACGUAAAAAGUAUAAAGUUGUUAUUAAGAAAACAGUUGACAGAGAAGUAGAAAAUCACAUAGAUUUUACCAUCACAUGUGAAGACAGCUUCAUCAAUGCAACUGACCCUGAUCUUGGAUCAGGAGGUGAAUUAUCUUAUUUUCUUAUAAGCAGAGAUGGGAGUGUUCUUCCCUUUAAAAUCUCUCAUUUAGGAUUCAUAUCAACUACUCAGUCUUUAGACCGGGAACAACAUGACAUUUACAGAUUUAAAGUGUUAGUAAAAGAUAAUGGUACACCAUCUCUUAACAACACAGCUAACGUUGUUGUUGAAGUUAUGGAUAAAAAUGAUAAUACUCCAUAUUUUACUUUCCCUAGUGUUAACCCUUUCAAUCUAGAUUUCCAUCACCAUCCGCAGAGUAAGAGUGACAUCACAACAUUAAGAGCCUCCGACAGAGACAAACAUGUUAAUGCUUUUCUCAGGUAUGAAAUACUUGGAGGCAAUGACAAACAAUUAUUUAAAGUUAACCAUUAUACUGGAGUUUUGUCAUUCUCUCGUACAGUUUACCAAAAUGAUGCUGGAUCAUAUAAUCUAAAAUUAGCUGUCAAAGACAAUGGUACACCAGUUUUAUCAGCAACAACUACACUGUCUUUGACACUAACUGUUAGCAAUACAACAGCCAAAAUAAAUCAAAAAGAAAACCAUUAUGGUGCUACCCAAGACUUUGUUGGUGAGAGAAGGCCAUCAGGAUACGUUUGUGAACAAGACUCUCCAAAAUAUGAUGUUCCUGUUGCAAUCUUAUCAGAUCCAAAACAAAUAAGAAAUUCUAAAACAGCUCUUUUUCGAAGAGAUCCUCACUCCAUAUACAAACCUGGACAGAGUUGGAAAGGGUCAUCAUUAGGAGUACAGCUACAAUGUAUUACUCCUGAAUUACAUCAAAUGACUCAAUCUCAACAUGGUUUGAAUUCAGAAUGUGAAGAACUGGAACAAAUACUGCAAUUUCCACUUCAGAUUUUCCUCCAUGUACCUUCCAGUUUGUCUCUUCACAUUCAGUCUUACUUAUUUGUCACUAAACUUACCCCAACAUAA